CCUAAUUUUAUCCCCAAAUCAGUGUCAUCAAAACAAACAUACAGAUCCUUCAACCACUCUCCCUCUUCGUUUUAACAAAAUAGAACCAACCGUCAUGGUUUCUAAGGAAAAAUCAACCACCAAGAAGCUCCCUUCUCUUUCCAACACCAACAACAAUGUCAAAGAACUCCAUUUCCGCGGCGUUCGUAAGAGGCCUUGGGGCCGAUACGCCGCCGAGAUCCGAGAUCCCGGCAAGAAAAGCCGCGUUUGGCUCGGUACUUUUGACACCGCUGAGGAGGCGGCGCGUGCUUACGAUACCGCCGCCCGCCAGUUCCGCGGUGCUAAGGCAAAAACCAAUUUUCCUCCCCCUGAAGAGUUAAUCGACGUUUCUCCUCGCAAGAUCAACCAAAGCCCUAGCCCUAGCAGCACCGUCGAGUCUUCUUCCUCCUCUAGCCAAGAAAAAACUCCCUCCCCGGAGAUCGCGCGAAGCUACGGCGUCGGACGUACUUUUCCGUUCAUUCAGCCGCAAUUUUUACAUCAGGUCGCCUGCAAUGCCUCCGGCGGCGACGGCGGCGUUCGUCCAGUUUUGUUUAUGGACGCUUUUGGUAGACCGGAGUUCGUCGCUCAUGGCUAUCCUUUACGGUUCGAUCCGGCGACGGUGGAUUUGACGGCGAGGUUCGCCGGCGGGAUCCAGAGCGAUUCGGACUCAUCGUCGUUGGUUGACUGCCGACCGGCGAAGGAAAUUCUGAAUCUCGAUCUUAAUCUCGCUCCGCCGGUGGACGCUUGAUUGCUCCGCUAAUUUAGUCUCUUUUUUUAAAAUUUUUUAUUUAGUCAGAAAUUUAGGAAGGGGGAAAGAAUUAACGUGCUGUAAAGGAAAAAAAAAGAAAUAGCGUUCUACUCUUUUUUUUUUUUUUGGUGGCAGCUUGAGAGAUGUUGUAAUUCGUGGUGAAUCUCGUUAAGUGCUAUUAUAAAAUUCUGUAAGAAAGACUGUAACCUUCAAUUUUAAAGCUGGAAACUAAUCAAAAAAAUGUUCCUCAUGAAGAUACUCAGAA